UUUUUCCAUUUGUGCCGUAAUCAUUCCGGCCAUGUUGUGAGGAGCUCAGGUAGAUGCCGCCCCCUGUCCUUCAUACGCGCUCCCGUCAGACUCAUCCGGCCCCGGUCUCAGAGGCGGAGCUGUAUUUCUCCUGUCAGUCUAAACUCGGGGCAGAGCCUAAACUCUGCUGCAGCUCCCUCCGUACUUCCCACGUCACUUUCACAAGUUGCCACGCAUGCACGGCUGCAGGAUCAUGAUGUGGAGGUCUCUGAGCUGCGCUCUGUGCCUCCUCGCCUUUACGCAUCUCGCUUCAGGGUCUUUUUGGGCCGCGGCGGAUGAUCCGGACGAAGAGGUCAUCACCGAGGUUUUAUUUAAACCCGAAGAGUGCUCUCAAAAGAGCAAAAAGGGAGAUCUGAUCAACGCGCACUACGAUGGCUACCUCGCUAAAGGGGGCUCCCAGUUUUACUGCAGCCGGUCAGAUAAAGAUGGGCACCCUCAGUGGUUUGUGCUCGGUGUGGGACAAGUCAUCAAGGGUCUGGACAUCGGGAUGAUGGGUAUGUGUUCUGGAGAGAAGAGAAAAAUCACGGUUCCAUCCUCCCUGGCAUUCGGGGAAAAAGGCAAAGGUCCGGUGCCGCCCAACGCCACUGUGGUGUUUGAGGUGGAGGUCUACUCUGUGUCCAGGGGCCCACGCAGCAUGGAGGCUUUCGGACAGAUCGACCUGGAUAAAGACAAAACUCUCACCAAGGAGGAGGUCAAAGAAUAUUUGAAGCUGGAGUACGAAAGGAACGGGAAGCCCCGCGACGACCCGUUCUACGAGAAGAUCAUGGCCGACAUAUUCCGCAAGAGCGACCAGGACAGAGACGGACUGAUCAGCGCGAAGGAGUAUAACAUUUAUGAGCACGACGAGCUCUAGUGGCAGGAGGUGGUGGCCAACGUCGGCCAUGUUUUAGUUUGUGUAGAUAUUUAGAGAAUGAAACCAAAGGGAAUAUCCACCCACAGAUUAUUUUCUGUCUGCUUUUCCUUAAAUGAAACUUCCCCCCUCGUCCAAUCAGGCCUGUAGAGAACGUCGAUGUCUCUCUCUUCCUCUUCUUUGUUUUUUACCCACAUGAUUUAAAGUAAAAGGUAAAGUUUGCAAAUAAGAACAUCAGGCAGAGAAACCACUAAGUUUUACUGUUAUUCCCGUGUUUAAAGGACCAGUGUUUGGGAAUAAGUGGGGCUUUUAGCUGUAACGGAACUUAAAUUUCAUAAUAAUGCCUCCAUUAAGGUUUUUAUUAGAUUAGAAGGUUUGAAAUCUCACCACUAAAUCCUACACACUGGUCCUUUGAGUCUUUGUACUGGUGAAUAUUCACUAAAUUUAAAUGCACUAGAAAUUCAAAGCAUCGUGUUUCUGCGAAGCCGUUUACAUGAUAAAUGUUUCAAGGUUGAUGUUCAUAAUGUUUUAAAGCAGGUGUGUUUAUCCUUUCUGCCAGAAAUGUACACAUCUCCUUCAGGAAUGCGUCUCUGCCUGAGCCUUGAAAAAGUCUCAGAGAGGCGGCUUUUAUACAUGUGCACAGAUGAUUGUAAACCAGCAGUAAACAGUGAAUUCUCCUGAAUGUGAGAUGCAUGAUUCAUGUCCACAACAUUCACCUAAAACCAGAAUAAUACCAGAAUAUGAGACGCGUCUUCAUCUGAAAACCUGAAAAAGGCCAAAUCCACAAACAUGUUGAUCCACAUUUUGAAUAUCUGAAUAUACUUGUGUGUGCGUGUUUGCAGUUUGCACAAUGUUGUGGAAUCAUGUUGUGGUUCUGAGACUCGUGUCUGUCAUGUGAGGAUGUAUUUUAACGGGGCACAAAAACAAACCACUCACAGUUUACCCACUCAACUUUUCUGCAACUCUUCCUCUAUUCUUCAAACCCACAGCGGUUCACAGCUUCAUGUCAUUUUGUUGAAAAGGCGACUGCGGUGUUUAGUUUUUUUUUUUUUUUCUCAGAUAAGAAGAGAUAAAGACACAAACUGUGAGAUGUUUGAGUACAAGUGAUAAUAAAAUACACACACAA